AUGGCGGCGGUGAAGGCGGCUCCGCCGACGGCUAUGUACUCCGCCUUUCUCAAGGACUUAAAGGCUGGGAGGAUUUCGAGCGUGCGAUUCGAGGAAGGCUCGACGCGCUUGGUGUAUGAUUUGAAGGAUGUGUCCGCGAAGUCAGCGUCGGCGUCGGCGACCGCGGGACGGGUGCGCACGACGUUUCAGACGAAGCGGCUCAUGGGUGAUCUCGAGCUGAUGAAGAAGCUCGAAAAGGCGGGCGUUGAGUUCGGUGCGGUGCCGGCGGCGGUGUCCCGCAUGGCGUCUCGUGGUAUGUUCACAGUCCUCGCGAUGUGGUUGCCCAUCAUUCCGUUAAUCAUCAUCAUGAGAAACGCCAUCAACCGACAGCAAGGAGGCGGCGGGAAGAAGCGCAAAAAGGCUGCCGACAUCAACGAGCAGAACAAGGUGACUUUCAGGGAUGUAGCGGGCGUCGAAGACGCCAAGGCAGAGCUUUUCGAGUUGGUGCAAAUCAUGAAGAACUCUGACAAGUACAAGAACGUUCGAGGCAGACUUCCCAGCGGUUGCCUGUUGGUUGGCCCGCCGGGUACGGGUAAGACCCUCCUCGCUCGUGCGGUGGCGGGCGAAUCCGGUGUCUCAUUCUUCCCGGUCGCCGCGUCGGAGUUUGUUGAAUUGUUUGUCGGUCGAGGCGCCGCGCGCGUACGCGAGCUCUUCGCUGAGGCUCGAAAGUCUCAACCCGCGAUUAUUUUCAUCGAUGAACUCGACGCUGUCGGUUCUCGUCGGGGCGCCGGACUCAACGAAGAGAGAGAUCAAACGCUCAAUCAGCUUUUGGUCGAGAUGGAUGGAUUCUCAAAAGACCAAUCGAUUUUGAUUCUGGCGGCGACGAACCGACCGGACGCGCUAGACCCGGCGUUAUUGCGCCCCGGUCGUCUCACGCGCAGAGUCUUCGUCGGCCCGCCGUCUCAACAAGGCCGCGCGCAGAUCCUUGGCGUGCAUCUGCGUGGGCUUGAUCUCGAGGAAGACGUCGACGUCGUGUGCGACGUCAUCUCUCGAGCCACGCCGGGUUUCACCGGCGCCGAGCUCGCGAACGUGUGCAACGAAGCCGCUCUUCUGAGUGUGCGCGACGAGCGCCAGUUCGUCUCAAUCGACGACCUCCUCGACGGCGUCAGCCGAACCAAAGACGGCAUCGCCACGAGCGGUAACAAGGCCGAUGCGAUGUUCCGUGAGCUUCGUAGUCGUUUCAUGGGGAAUUACAAGGACAUCCCGGGUUCUCCUGGCGACGUCGCCAACGGUAUCAAGGAAAAGUUUGGUUCCAAGGAAAAAGCGCAAGGCGUCCCGAUCUCCAUGGGUCCGAGCUAA